GUCUCAGUACGGUCACCUGGAGAAGAUGACAGAUCUGGUGGCUGUUUGGGAGGUUGCUUUAAGUGAUGGUGUUCACAAAAUUGAAUUUGAGCAUGGAACCACAUCAGGAAAACGUGUUGUAUAUGUAGAUGGAAAGGAAGAAAUAAGAAAAGAGUGGAUGUUCAAACUAGUGGGUAAAGAAACAUUUACAGUUGGUGCAGCCAAAACAAAGGCUACUAUUAACAUUGAUGCAGUGAGUGGUUUUGCCUAUGAGUAUACCUUGGAGAUCAAUGGGAAAAGCCUCAAGAAGUACAUGGAGAAUCGGUCAAAAACUACAAAUACUUGGGUAUUAAGCUUGGAUGGUGUGGAUUGUAGGGUUGUGUUAGAGAAGGAUACUAUGGAUGUCUGGUGCAACGGUAAAAAAAUGGAAACAGCGGGUGAAUUUGUAGAAGAUGGAACAGAAACUCACUUCAGUGUUGGUAAUCAUGACUGUUGCAUUAAGGCUGUCAGUAGUGGAAAGCGAAGGGAAGGAAUAAUUCAUACUCUUAUUGUAGAUGACAGAGAAAUCCCAGAGGUUUUAGAGUAGCCUAGAGUUAAUCUGUUAUAGAAAUAAAGAUCAGGGAUUCUCAAUUACUGUGGUAAUUAUUUAUUUUAAUAUGUACUUCUAGGUACAUUUAGGUUUCUUAUUUCCUGGUUAUUGUAUAUGAAAUUAUAAUCUUUUUGAGGAACAGAUGUAAAUAUCCAAUUAUGUACAGCCUCAGAUAUUGGCAGUUCUUUUGUAAACUAUAUAAAUAUAUAACACUAAGAAGGGGAAGGUGGACUAAAGUAGGAAUUGUUAACAAGGAAAGUUUUGUUACAGAAAUAAAAUGGAAAAUAAAUUAGUAGUGUAAUAUUUAAUGUUGAGGGUUUUUUUUAACUUGAUGUGAUUUCUUUUCAUGUUCUGCAUAGAUUUACUUUGCACAAUUUUUACAAUAGUACAUCCACCUAAGCUGUUAUUUUUUUAUUGAUAAAAUGUUUAUUGUAACAUGCUAAUGUCAUUUUAAAAUUCCUAUGGUUGCAGUUAGGGAAAUAAAUAGCUAUGUCAGUUAAAACAAAAUGUAUUGAAAAUUUAGAUAUUCUAUAUUUACAGCAACUGUACUAAUAUAUACAACUCUUAUUAAGAGUGAAGGAGUGAGAAGUGUAUUGAACACAAAGGGAACAUGCAUCUCACUAGUUUGUCUAAAAUCUGUAUAUUAAAACUGUUGUAAUGAUUAAAUACUUGGAAUGGAAA